GUGAGGUUCACAACAGCAAUAAUGCAGCGCUUACCGGUACCUAAAGCAACACGGAGAUCAUUAUUUUACCAAGCACAUAUUUGUUGUGAUGUCACGUUCGACGUUCCGUAGACUAGUUGCUAAGAGACGGCAGUUAGCUAGCCUAGUAGUUAGCUUAGAGCGCGCACUACAGGGAUAUCUCUCAGGCGACAGUCACAGAGUGUACCGGUAACGUUACUCGAGUCUUAAUAGCUAACAAUCAUUCUUCCUAGCCUUAAGCCUAUAAAUCUUAUCGUUAUGUGGCGCUUCCUGAAACCCAUAGCUAAAAAGGCACGGACGGAGGAGGAGGAGGAGGAGGAGGAGGAGGAGGAGGGGGGUCGCGAUGCGAAUGCUGCGAAACCCAAACCGACCAGCGCUGGAACUGGGGGGAGAAAGUUUCAGACGAAGUGGCUAUACGACGAUGCAGGGAAAAAACGCGACUGGCUGACUGUCAAGAACAACAUCAUGUUUUGCACUGUGUGCACAACUUUUGGAAAGGACAAAAAAAGUCAGGCGAGUCACUUUGUUGUGGGCUGCUCCUCGAUGAAAGUUGAAAGUAUAAUAUCACAUGAAGGCACUCGCAACCACGACAAAAAUAUGAAAAUAAAGCAAGCCAAGUCUGCCCCACUCCAUGAAGCGCCCUCGGUGCAAGUUCUCACUAAACUCUCGGACGUAAACACCCAGAAGAUGAAGCUUCUUUUCCGAAAUGCGCACGCCAUCGCCAAGAAAGGUCGACCCAUCACCGACUACGUCUGGCAAUGCAGCUUGGAUGAGAAAAAGGGGCUGUCCGUGGGCAAAACCUACAGGAACCGCGAGACCGGCAAGCUCUUUGUAAAGUACAUUGCCAAGGCAGCAAGAGACAAGCUCUCCUCAACAGUGCUGCAAUCUCCCUUCCUUUCUGUCAUGGUUGAUGGCUCCACAGACCGCUCGGUGAAGGAGGAGGAACUGACCUAUGUGCGCUGCUGCAAAGCAGGGAAGGUGGAGGUCCACUUUGUUGGCAUUGAAGCAGUGGACAAGGCAGACGCUGCUCACAUCACCAGGGCUGUCCAGAACCAGAUGCAGACUGUCUGCAAGGACUGGGAGUCCAAACUUGUUGCUGUUGCUUCAAGAAUCUAUAUACUCUAUAUACUAUACUGUGGCCCCUGGUUGGUUGUAGAAUUGGUUUUAAUGUGACGUGAACACUUCUACAUGGCGGAAUACAAUGGUAAAGGAAAUAGUUUGUUUUGGCAUUUGGCGAGUAAAAAAUAUGGUUGGCGAGUAUGUUUUUUCACCUACUAGCCACUUGGCGAGUUGGUCAAAAAGUUAGUUUGCA